AUGGCUAGAGAAAAAUUGAAAGUGCUUGAGACACUGGAUACUGCAAAAACCCAAUUGUACCAUUUCACAGCAAUUGUAAUCACUGGAAUGGGAUUCUUCACCGACGCAUAUGAUCUCUUAUGCAUCUCUCUCGUGACCAAGUUACUUGGUCGCAUAUACUACAGAGAUGAUAGCUUACCAAAGCCGGGUACCUUGCCCGCCAAUAUUCAAGCUGCUGUUAAUGGUGUUGCGUUUUGUGGCACUUUGGCUGGGCAGCUCUUCUUUGGCUGGCUUGGUGACAAAUUGGGCCGUAAGAAGGUAUAUGGUGUAACCCUUCUUCUCAUGGUAGUUUGCUCUAUUGCCUCAGGACUCUCCUUUGGAAACACAGCGAACGGUGUUAUCACCACGCUUUGUUUCUUCCGGUUCUGGCUUGGCUUCGGCAUUGGUGGAGACUAUCCUCUUUCCGCUACAAUCAUGUCCGAAUACGCUAAUAAAAGGACUCGCGGCGGGUUUAUCGCCGCGGUUUUUGCCAUGCAAGGGUUUGGAUUUUUAUUUGGUGGGAUUAUUGCUUUAGUCGUUUCAAGCGCGUUCAAGAACAAAUACCCUGCUCCUCCAUAUUAUGUUGAUGCAGCAGCCUCCUUGCCACGACAAGCUGAUUACAUUUGGCGCAUAGUCCUAAUGUUUGGAGCCAUCCCGGCCGCCCUUACCUACUACUGGCGCAUGAAAAUGCCUGAGACAGCUCGUUACACCGCUCUGGUAGCCAAGAAUGCAAAACAGGCAGCAGCAGACAUGUCUAAGGUACUACAGGUCGAGAUCGAACCAGAACAACAGAAGGUAGACAUGCUAAUUAGUCAGGAAGCAUAUGGUUUAUUCUCUAAGGAAUUUGCGAAACGCCACGGGCUUCACUUGGUUGGAACUGCUACUUGUUGGUUUUUGUUGGACAUUACCUUCUAUAGUCAAAACCUUUUCCAGAAGGAUAUCUUCUCAUCAAUUGGUUGGUUGCCAAAGGCAGAGAGAAUGAGCGCAAUUGAUGAGCUUUACAAGGUUGCAAGGGCACAAACAAUAAUAACAUUUUGCGGUGUCGUGCCUGGGUAUUGGUUUACAGUGGCCUUCAUUGAUCGGUUGGGACGAUUUGCAAUACAAUUGAUGGGUUUCUUCUUCAUGUCUGUCUUCAUGUUUGCGCUUGCUAUCCCUUACAAUCAUUGGAAGCGACCGGGCAACCAUGCUGGAUUCCUCGUGAUGUACUCGCUCACCUUUUUUUUUGCCAACUUUGGACCAAAUUCCACAACAUUUAUUGUGCCGGCCGAAAUUUUCCCAGCAAGGGUAAGGUCUACUUGUCAUGGAAUAUCAGCAGCGGCUGGGAAAGCUGGAGCAAUUGUUGGUUCAUUUGGGUUUUUGUAUGCUGCUCAAAACAGUAACCGAGAUCAAACAGAUAAAGGGUACCCACCUGGUAUUGGAGUGAAAAAUGCACUCCUUGUGCUCGCUGGGAUCAACGUAUUGGGUAUAUUUUUUACCUUUUUGGUGCCUGAAUCCAAGGGUAAAUCGCUCGAGGAGUUGACUGGGGAGGAUGAGGUAGUAACAGGAGCGACAGUUGCUGUGUAAUAAAGAGUUAAUUUCAAUACUUGGCUUUCUAG